AUGAGCAGCACAAAAGCCAGUACUCACGUUGAACAUCGAUCAACACGUACUACCAAAAGCGAAUCGCAUCGAGAAAAAGACUCCCAUCGUGAUAGUCGAGAAGAAAAAUCGUCAACACACACACAUUCAGCGAUCUCUAAUGGAUCCUCAACUGAUCGUGCUUUCAAAGAUAAACAUCAUCCAUUAUUAAUCGCCAUUUGGAACACGGAUCGAACACAAGCAAAUGUCGAUGAAAAACUAAAAGGUCUUCGAGAUUUGAUCAAAAAAGGAACAAAUCCAAGUAUCAGCUGUGAAAUUUUACAUGAACAAACAGGCACACCUAUCGCACAAGUCUCACCUUUGAUCAUUGCAUGUUUCGAAGGUGAUGUUGAUAUCAUUCGUUUUUUCAUCGAAAAUGGUGCUGAUCCAAAUCAAACCGAAAGUGAACAUCAUUUAACUCCUAUUCAUGUUCUAUGUGAUGCAGAAUAUCACGGACAGAGUUUACGCCAAAAAGAUCGAGCUGAUUUAAUCCGUUUAUUAGUUAAAUAUGGAGCACAAGUUAAUCAUUUAGAUCGAAGUUCAAUGGCAGCGAUUCACAAAGCUGUUAUUCAUGAUCGACCUGAAUGUGUAGAAGUCUUGAUGGAUGCACAUGCUGAUCCGAAUGUUGCGUUCAUGGGUGAUACACCAUUAAGUAUCGCCGCUCGACAUAACCGAAGAAAAAUUGUUCAAAUUUUAUUAGAUCAUAAAGAAACAAAUGUUAAUCAUCGUAAUGACCAAGGUGGAACUGCACUUCAUUUCGCUAGUGCUGGUAUUGUGGAUAGUCCUGAAUGUGUGGAAUUACUGUUACAUCAUAGUGCGAAAGUCAAUGCUCAAGAUUUGAAAAAUAACACGGCUGCGAUGGUUGCCUGUUUCUUUAAUAAACCACGUAUUUUAUCAACACUGAUUCGAGCUGGUGCGGAUUUAACUGUUCGAAAUAAUGAAGGUAAAGAUGCAUAUGAUGUAGCUGUGGAAAAAGAAUUCGAUGAAUGCAAGGAACUUGUCGCCAAAGCGUUAGAAAAACGUGGUAUCAAACCAGGUAUUAAAACCACUUCGUCAACAACAGCCACGGACAAAUUAAGCGACGAUGUCGAAAAACUUAAACUUAAACGUUAA